ACUUGACAAUUAACAAAUUCGAAAGAAAUUUUAAUUCUAUUGCGAUAACCUUUAAAAAAAAUUAUUUCUCGUAAUAUUUUUUAUAAUUUUACAAAAAACUACAGAUUUCUUUAAUACAAAAAUAAUUAUGGAAGGAUUUGAGAUAAGGAUAUCUAAUAGCCAAAAGGGAAAGGGGCUGUUUGCAACAAAGCAAUAUAAUGAAGGCGACAUUAUUUUAGAGGAAGACCCUUUAGUGUCUUGCCAAUUUGCUUGGAAUGCAGCCUACAGAUACUUAGCAUGUGAUCAUUGCAUGAGACCCCUGGAGACACCGGAACAAAAUGUAAUACGUUUAUCAGGCAAACCGGAUAUUUUAUUGCCUCAUUCCAAUUGCUUUGAAGAUGAUCUGUUAAACAUUACGAGUUGCAACCAAUGUGGUAUACUGUAUUGUUCCGAAGAAUGUAAAGUGAACUCUUUAGCUAUUUAUCAUCGUACUUUGUGUUAUAUACAGAAUGAUGCUCAUCAUCCUAUAAAUUUGCUUAUAGAGACAUGGAAACAAAUCCAUUAUCCUCCAGAAACAGCAAAUAUAAUGCUUCUAGUUAGAAUAUUGGCAUAUAUACAGCAACAUUCCGAUCCAGCAUCUGCUGCUGCAACAAUCAAACAAUUUUGUCACAGAACUGUUAAUGAAGAUGCGGAACUAGUCCACAAAGUAUUGGGUGAUGAGUUUAGUAGUCAGUUGAAUACUCUGAGGGAAAUGACAGCAAAUGUUAUUAAUGGAGAAUAUAUACAAGAGUUCCUAACUCCUGAAGGAUUUUGUUCUCUGAUGGCCUUAGUGGGGACUAAUAGUCAGGGCAUCGGCACAAGUCCCCUUUCACUGUGGGUCACUUCGGUGUCACAGUUGACCAUGUCAGAUGAUGAACGACAACAACUUGAUAUGUUUAUCGAUAAACUGUAUCAGUAUGUUGAAGAAGAAUCUGGUCAAUUCUUAAAUACAGAAGGCUCUGGAUUGUUCCAAUUGCAGAGUGCUUGUAAUCACAGCUGUGCGCCAAAUGCUGAGUCUUCAUUUCCAUAUGGAAAUCACAGGAUACAACUCAAAGCAUUGAAACCAAUAAUGCCAGGACAGGAAAUAUAUAUAAGUUAUCUUGAUGACUGUACUCUGCAAAGAUCGAGGCAUUCAAGACAGAAGGAAUUAGCAGAGAACUACCUGUUUAUGUGUUGGUGCGAACGCUGUAGUUCUCAAAGUUCUGAGCCAGAUUGUACCAGCGAGGAGGAUAAUAGUGAAGAAGAGAUUGAUGCGGAUGACUGAUGUUCUAACUUCCUUGCCCUGUGCUUGCUGGGCAUUUAAGACUCUUGUGACAACAAUAUUUACUAUAUUUUUAAUAAUUUAAUAUUUUCCUUUCCCAAUAAGUGUGCAACAUGUAAGACGUUAUACAAUCACAUUGCUCUUAAGGGAUACAUGUGUUGUGUAUAAAUAAACACCAGUUAUUCUACUGCCAAAGUAAUACUUAUUAUUGUGUAUGUGUGCCAAUAAAUAAGUAAGGACUAUAAAAUAGAUUUGUAAUAGACUAGAUACCAUAAGGAGUCUGUAUCUCAAGUAGGCCACAUACUUGCCGUUCCUAUCUGAUAUUAUCAUGUACACAGUUAUCGAAUCACUUUGGAUUUUUAGAUCUUUCAGUAAAUUCAUUAUUAAGUACAAUGUUUUUUGAACUAUAUGAAAAUUAUGUAAAAUAUUUAUAAAAAAUAAAAAGAAAUAUUAUUAGUGAAAAUAUUUUUAAGAAUAGUGUCGCUAUUAUAGUUUUGAAAAAAUGACACAAUUUUUUCAUACUAUUUAAUAAACAGGCAGUAUCUAGCCUACUACAAAUAUGUAACAACAGGAAUAAGUAUUGUCCUUGUAUUGAUGAGCGAGGUUUGCUCAUAAUCUUAUCUGUAUGUCCGUUUAUAGUCCAUAAAAAAGAAAAUGUCUAUUUUAUAUACAUACUACUGUAAAAAUAUUGUAAAUGUAUUCAUAAGCUUUUGUGUCUACUGCUAGAACCUUUAAUAUGUUCCUUGGUAAAUAAUAUUAUUGCCCUAGUUUUUUUUAUAAUAUUUAGAUAUAUCAAUGCAUUUUGUACUUUUAAAGAUAGGACUUUGAGAUUUUUCGUGCAAAUACGUUGUAUAUAAUAAAUUCUGUAGGAUCAUAUAUUUACACGUUUUUUUAAAAACAAUACUAUUAAAUGGAAAGCAUAAUCAGCGAUGAGAAUGGGACCUUUUGGAACUGUAACACGCGCGAUAGCUUGCCAGCGGUAGUCUCGGCAAACUCGCGUCCAUGCUCGCGACAUAUUGUUCCUUGUUUGUCUGUAGUUUUUCUUUUUCGUAUCGUAUGAAUGUUUUAGUGAUUAAAUUAUAAAAAAUGAAUCUAUGUACCAAUUGAAAAAAUAUAUUAUCUAUUCCAACCAUAACCGGAAAAAGAACAAAUAAACAACAUUUGAUAGCAAAUUGUCGCGAUAUCAUUGGUUGAGAGUUUGAUUAAUCUAACCUAUAUACUAUGGAUUUGCGAAAAAAUGGCGUUUUGAUCGUCGACGAAAGUGUAAUAGUGUUGUAUUAUAAAUAGAUAUAUUAAUCAUAAACUCUUAUGCACAAUAUAGCUGAGCUAUUACAAAUCGCAUGAAAUAGGUAAAUAAGGUUUGUUUAUCUUUUUUCCUACUUCGAUUGGAAUAGGCUAUACAUACAAACAACUUUGCUUACGUUGCUAUUUUUUUAAUUUUUUUAACGAUUUACUUUGACAAAGUUCCAGCUCAUUCUGUCAUCGCGGAUUAUACUGUAUGUUUAUAAAUUAAUCAUAUCAAUUAGCUUGGGUGCUUAUUGACUUGAAUCACAGUUAAAUAUUUAAUUGGGACAAUAUAUCAAGAUAAAUAUAUGCACUUCAUGACCUUGACCUUAACCCUCUUCCGUUCAUAAAACAAUGUCACGCUGAUGUAAUAUCCCUUUGCGAUACGAACUUGUUUCAUGUGUAGUCCCGUGAGGGUAUUUAUUAUAAUCUUAGUAAUUCUAAUAAUGAGUAUAGAGUAGUAUCUUAGAUUAUAAAACAAGGGAGAAAUAGUGCGCGGAAUUAUAGUGAGCAACAAAAGCGAAUACAAAUUCAAAAUCCGAACGCUCCAUCUGUCUUUUGUUUUAUAAUUUGGGGGUAGUUAUACUAUAUAUAUAUAAAGUCCACUCUUUGAUUCUGUAAGUUUUAUUAAAUAAAAAUUAUAUUUAAAUUGUGUAUGGAAAGUAGUGCAAGAUUUACGCAAUUUUUUUUUGGCAAAAAUACGGUGUACUUGAGCUGCGUUUCCAUAAAAUGAAUUGGCUACUAUUGUGUUGUCAACACUUGUUGAUGGUGCAACUUAAUAUAAUUUAGGUUGUCAACAAAAAAAGCCACGAUUUGUAAUCGUUGGUGAUUACACUAAAAUUGACAACUAUUUCAGUGGAAACGCACAAUCAAAUAGAGUAAGAUUGUGAACUUCAUCAAUUGGAAGCAAGUUAGAAUUGGCUAGGAUCGAAAUUUAAAUUUUUAAUAAAUAAAAACUUAAUUCGUUUUAAUUUAGAUGUAAGUGAAUAUUGUACAGGUGAAUACGAAUUUGGCAUUUGGCCUAAAAAUGUAACGGCCUAAUUAUAUUAAUUAAAAAAUCCGUCGUCAUAUUAAGUAAUAUAGCUUACGUUUUAUUCGUUUAAAAACAUCAAGAAAUAAUAGUGUUAUUACGUCAUAGAUAUAUUUAAACGUUUAAGAUUUAAUUCAUGUUAUGAUUGUUAAGCCUAAGUAUUUGAUAUUAGAUCAGAAUUAAAUGCAUUUUAAAUGGAAUUAUUCCUAUUAAGAAAGGUGUAAAGUCAUUUAUUUUGUUGCCCAAUACAUAAUGCAUUUGUACAAUUUAUGGCGUCGAUUCGCUUUAAAUGUAUUUAAGAGUAUUUCGUAUGUAUAUCUGAAGUCCUCCUAAAUGGCUAGAUCGAUUUUCAUGAUUUGUUUGUGUUUUUAUGAGUUGUAUGGUUGGUUAAUAUACCAAUCAAUGUUAAAAAAUAAAAUAUUUAAUAAUUCGCGAUCAAAUGACAAAUUUCAGAAAAUGUGCAAGAAAUAUAAUUAAUAUAAAUUAUGUAUGGCUUCUCCAUUUAAUAUUUGGCUUGGCUGUUUAAACAGUUUCUGUAAUUGUGUAGUUUAACAAUUCCUUGACUGGAAGACAAAUGUUGCCUAAUUAAAUAUAUUUUCAAUUGCAUCGAAGUUAAAUUUCUUUUAGCUAGCUUUUCUCCUAGCUUUAGUUUUUGCAUUACAUGGCCAUGUGAUCGAACGUCACGGCGUAUUAUUAAUCAUCAGGUACCGACGUAUCACGUAUAUAGACCCACUAGUUGUUACCAGCCCGCUUCGCUUGGCAUUAAGUAAAAAAACGGUAGGUAUCAAGCGAAUUCAAAAAAUGAAUACGUCAAUUAAUCAUCCGCUCUAUGUAUGUAUAUAUAUGUUGGUCGUAGU